AUGUACUCAUAUGCUCCUCUUGGUGUUUCAUUUGCCUCUCCAAUAGGGACAUCGAUUGUAAGACCUGCUCCAGUCUCAUAUGUUCAACCAGUUUCUUAUGCGUAACCAAUCCCAUAUGCUUAACCAAUAAGCUAUGUUUAACCAGCUCCAGCAACAAUUAAAGGAGAAUCUAGAUAUGAGUACGUGCCUUAUUAGAAAUCUGUAGUCGAAAUAGAGGAGGAAUAAAGAGUUGUGAAAGUACCCAAACAAAAAUGGGUGACAGAUUAUUACCCUGUGGAAUAUCAAAAAGAAUACAUACCUUAAGUUACAUAUGAAAAAUAAGUCGAUUAUAUUCCUGUCGAAAAAACCGUACCUAGAGUGGAUUACUUAGAAAGAGAAGUAAGAAGAAGCUCAUUUGUUGCACCUAUCAAUACAGCACAACCAAUCAACUAUGUCUCACCACUCUCUUACAGUGUUGCUGCUCCAAUUGCCCCAGUUACUACCAGUUAUGUUGCACCUGCAUAUAGCACAGUUUAUAGAUAUUGAAUAUUACGAGAUAAUAAAAUGCUUAAAUUAUAAAUAAAUUCUUAAU